AUGGUGAAGGAGGGUAGUAGGAACCACGGCCCUUACCUGGGUGCCCCCGCUGGCCACCACGCGGAGGUCCAGUGCGCCGACUUAUCCGUCCACGAUGACGAUCAGAUUGCCAGAUAUAAGAGGGAGCUCCAAGACAACCUGCGGCGUUUAUACAGCUUUGCUUCCGAGGGCAACACCGAGCGCUGGCAGCAGCAGCCCUUGGAGGACGUCUACACGCAGCUAGACGUCACCUACGGAGCAGACGUCAGCCCAGACGGGCGGCAUGAGGUCCUCCAGAUGGAGACGUGUGACGCCGCGGCCAAGCAGUCUAUCCUGCCGUGCGACAUCUUCAAAAGCCCUGACGGGAACCGGCGACCGAUGCGCACGAUGCUCACCGUCGGCUUUGCGGGAAUAGGAAAAACCUUCCUGAUUCAAAAGUUUGUGUCAGACUGGGCUAGCGGUAGUACUAACCAGGACGUGGACUUCAUAUUUCCUUUCACCUUCCGCGAGUUAAACAUGGAGAAAGGUGAGAGCUUUACAUUGGCCGAGCUGAUCCAAACUUUUGUCUGCGGAGACAGGCACAUGAACGAGCGACUGAACAAUAUAUUUGUCGGCCUGCAAACUUCUGGGAAGCGGGACUUUGAAAGCAGCGGGAUCAAGAUCUUGUUUAUCCUCGACGGACUGGACGAGUGCAACUUCAAAAUCGACUUGAAGAAAGUGAGGAAAGUGGACAUGGACGUGAGGGAAAGCUACCCGCUGGAGGUACUUCUGGCGUAUCUCAUCAAAGGGAACCUGCUUCCGUGCGCCAGGGUUUGGAUCACCACGCGGCCCGCGGCAGCCCGCGAUAUACCCUCCGACCUCAUAGACAGCCGAACAGAGGUGGGAGGAUUCAGCGAUUCCCGGAAAAUGGAGUACUUCAGGAAAAGGUUCCCAAAUGAGGAGCGCGUCACUGAGCACAUUCGGAAAUCUCGCACCAUCUUCAUCAUGUGCCAUAUUCCCAUCUUCUGCUGGCUCACCGCCAGAGUUCUUCAGGUUCAUUUGGACAAAGGUAAGGAGGUAGAGCUUCCCACAACGCUGACUGACAUGUACUCAGCGUUUAUUGGUCACCACCUGGAAAACUCCAUGGAGAGAAAUACAGCGGAGUACAUCCCUGACGUGAAAGCGCUCGCCAAGCUGGCCUUUGACCACACCAUGAAUCAGCGUCAGAUCUUCUACGAGAAAGACCUGGAGGACAGCUGCUUUGAUUACAGCCAAGCAGCAAAACACUGCGGUUUAUUCACAGAGGUCUUUAAGGAGGUCCAUCCGCUUAAAAGCAAGAAACAAAAGAUGUUUCAGUUUAUCCACCUGACCAUCCAGGAGUAUCUGGCCGCACUGUACGCAAAGAUGUGUUUCUUCCACGACAACAAGAACGUACUGGAUACAUCAAGAUGGAAAAAAUUGUUCAUGCCUGUUAAGCGGAAGACAAUCACUGAGGUCCACAAGUCAGCUCUCCAGAAAGCCUCGGAAAGUGAAGGAAACCUGGAUAUGUUCCUCCGCUUCCUCGUUGGCCUUUCAUUGCAGUGCAACCAGGAAAUAGUGGGGGCACUGCUGAAGGUUCCUCAUGACUGGGAGCAAAGCAAGUCAAAGACAGUCAAGUUGAUACAGAAAAGGAUCAAACAAAACACUCCAGAAAAGAACGUCAACUUGUUCUACUGCCUAAACGAGCUGAAAGACAACUCCUUGCUGAAGCAGAUCCAGCAGAAACUAAGUUCUGGAGUGUACUGGCCUAAAAUGUCGAAUGACAUGUGGUCGGCCCUGGCCUUCUUCUUACUUACAGACGACAGAACCAUGAAGUUCUUUGAACUUGACAAGUACUCCAAAUCGCCUUUGGGACUCAAGAAGCUUCUGGUGGUGGUCAAGGCUUCUCAAAAUUCAUAUCUAGGGGAUUGUAACCUGGACAAAGGCAGCUGUCACCUGCUGGCUUCCGUUCUCAGUUCUCCAUCCAACCUGAGGCAUCUGGACCUGAGCAACAAUUACGGGCUCAUGGACGAGGGAGUCGAGAUCCUCUCAAAAGGACUGGCCAGCCCACACUGCAACUUAGAAGUCCUCAACCUGACAAAGUGCAGCAUCACUCAGCGAGGUUGCAUUUCGUUGGCUGAGGCACUGAAGGUAACCUCCUCCCAUCUUCAAGAGCUGGACCUGAGCUGGAACAAUCCGUCAGACGAGGGGAUUGAGAUCCUCUCGAAAGGACUGGCCAGCCCACACUGCAUCUUAAAAAUCCUUAACCUGUCACUGUGCGAGAUCGCAGAUAAAGGAGGCAUUUCAUUGGCCAAGGCUCUCAAGUUAAACCCCUCCCAUCUUCAAGAGUUGAAUCUCGGGGCAAAUCGAAUGGAGAAAGAAGGAAAGAGGGUCUUAUUGGAGAUCAAGGAGGAUCCCAGCUAUAGCCUGAAGACUGUCUGGGCGAGUCAUUCCAAAUGUUCAUUUUUAGAAGACGUCGAGUCCAUUAGGUCUCCUUCAGAUUUAGUUCGGUCUCAUGUACUCUCCGACGAUCGCAAGAGGACCGGGUGUCGGCGCUACGGGCAAAGCGGCCUCGCUCACAGAAUUCGGGGAGGUCGUCGUCGGGUUCUUUGCAGCCACAUGGAGGUGGAGUUCAAGGGGAAGGUCUACGACGUUCCCACCAAACUGCUGGCAGUUAACGCUAGAGGCUGGUUCGGCAACAUCAAAGAGUUCUCUUUCUUCUCAGGGCCAGAGACUCCCACUUCGGUCCUCUUCGCAAGCCCGCCUAUAGAGGCUAUCCUCGGCUUGGCAUCGGACAGCCACGUGCGCCGACGUUGGUCGGUUUGUCCACUGAGAUUGCUCUAUUUUCGGCGUUCAUUCCCCUCUGCGUCCCCGGUGACGAGCACCGCCUGCCCGCCGGGGCUGCAGCAGAACGACGAGCCGAAACUUGCUCGCCACCGGGGGCUGGACAAUCGGUAA